AUGGUAGGUCACUCAGCGCAUCACGGAUCAAGAACCAGCGUAAUAUCUCACCUAUUGAUACUACUUAUCGUUAUAACACUAAUCAUUGAAAUGUGCUUAUAUAGUAGAAUUUUUAAAAACCAAAGGUCUGACGAUAUUAGAGAUAAUUUUAAAAAUGGCGGACGUCAAGUGCCUGGUAUGGCCCAAAAUCAGGGACCCCAUAUCGAAGGCGAAGGCUUUUUAUCAGGGGUUUAUUAUUCCAACUGGUCACCAUACAAACCAAGAUUCCAUUUCCCGCACGACAUUAACUUAAUGCAAGUGUCCCACAUUUACUAUGCCUUUUUCAAGAUAAAUCCGAGAACCGGUGGUAUAGAAAACACGGAUAGCUGGUCAGAUUUAGAAAUGAAUUUGUAUAAACCGCUGGCAAUUAAAUCAUCAGAACUGAUUAAUGGUAACCCAAAUAAUGGUAACCAAAAUAUCCUACCUUUAGGUUGCAUUGGUGAACUAUUUUAUUUGAAGAAUAUCUGUUCUGAUAAGAAAUUCAAAGUUAUCAUGUCAAUUGGAGGCUGGUCAGAUAGUGAAAAUUUCAAAAUCAUAAUUAAAGAUAAUAAACUCUUAAAAAAUUUCGUUGAUUCGUCGGUGGAAACAAUGUUCAGAUUAGGAUUUGAUGGUGUUGACCUGGACUGGGAGUUCCCCGAAAACAAUCAAUCAGAACCUCAAGGAUAUCUGAAACUGGUCAAAAUGUUGCGGUUGAAACUGAACAGCUUAGAAUCACAAAUAUUCGGGGGGCGUGUCGAAGAUCAUUUUCAAUUAUCUAUUGCGGCACCUGCAUUCAAGGAUAAGUUAUUUUACCUACCUAUCACGGAAAUUGACCAAUAUGUCGACUACUGGAAUAUGAUGACGUACGAUUAUUAUGGUUCGUGGUCAGAAACAACAGGAUAUCACAGUAACCUAUUUAGCGAGACGGAAUUAAAUGGAAACUUUGCCAUGCAUUAUAUGAUCGAUAAAUUUGGCGUCAAUUCCAGAAAAUUAGUAUUGGGAAUGGCUGCUUAUGGGAGAAGUUUCCACAUCAAAGAUAACAAAUUCGAACCAUUCAGUCAAAAUUCUGUGUUAAUUAACAAAAUUUUCAAAGGAGUGGGCAAGCCUACUAAAGAAAUAGAUAAAGCUGAUGGUAAGGAAGGUAUCUGGCCCUACAAAAAUUUACCAAAGAAAGAUACAAUAGAACAAUAUGAUCCCAAGUACGUUUCAGCAUAUUGUUUUGAUGAAAAAAAUUCAAUAUUUAUCAGUUAUGAUAAUACUAAGUCAGCCAAAACUAAGGCUGAAUAUGUGAUGCAUAACAAGUUAGGCGGGGGGUUUUGGUGGGAAUCAUGUGGUGAGGCUUAUACAAACGAGUCAAGGUCACUGAUAAACGCAUUUAAUGAAGGCCUCCACUUUAAUGUGUCAUCAAAACCGUCAAUAUUUCAAGAUAUGAGGGUUGUAAAAUACUACUUGAAUAAAUACGGUGAUGACGGAUUUCUAACUCCGUAUUUAAAGCAUCUGGAUUCAUCGAAGCAAUGA